ACAGUGCUGAGAAGGGAGCACAGGUGCAAUAUUCACAGGUGUAUGACUGACAGCGCCGAAAAGCAGCUCGCUUUGAGAGGUCAUAAGAGCAAGGAAUAGAACUGCGAGUGACAAAGGGAGAGGCACCGAGGAACUUAUAUGGCGGAAUAACACAAACUAACAGGAGGAACAGAAGUGUGGGAUAAUUUGGAAUAUUACAUUUCAUGCAAUGGUUGGGAUGUUAACCAUUGUCCUGAUUUUAUUAGCUGGAGUUGCCUUAGGGCAAGAGGCUGACUUAUACACCUCUUCGAACGGGAUUGAGGAGUUUGCUUCGCAUCCAGGACUGUGCCCGACAGAAGGGGAAGUAACUGCGAAACAGAACUGCCAAUGGGAUGUUGAUUGUCCAGGACUGCAGAAAUGCUGCAACAUCAGUGGGGAAUCAGUGUGCAUUUCACCAAUCCCAGCAGUGGGCGAAGGGUUCUUCAAUUUGCUGAUUGAAGUGAAGCAGGAAUUUGAGCAGACCGAAUUGAAUCUGAUGAAUCACUUGAAAUUCUUGCACUCAGUGCUGAUUGGUGCUCUGCGUUCAUUGAAUUCCUCUAUGUAUCACAUCCACACCCAACGAGAUGGAGAACACAAAAUCGUGUCAAAGCUAUUGCUGGGUACCAGACCUCCCACAACACUGAGCAAUAUAUUGAAAGAACUGCAAAAGCUUUUAAUAAGCACCACAGAAGUUUGUCACUUGGAAACCAAAGACGUCAAUGAAUGUGAAUACCCAGAGUUGAAUUCCUGUUCUCAGAAAGCAAUCUGUUCAAAUGUCGAUGGGUCUCACAACUGCACAUGCCAGAAUGGCUUCACGGAUAGAGAUCCUAGCAGACAAGGCAGAGACUGCAGAGAAGAGAGCACUACUUUUUCAACUCCUGGUUCAAACUCAGGGCAGUCGAGCAAAAUUAUUUCAACAAACACUGAACUGGAAAGCAACUCAUCAACUGAAAGGACGUUAUGCUCUCCGUCUCUGGUUACAAACCUGGCAAUCACCAAUGUUACCAGCAAUAGCUUCCAGAUCCUUUGGACAACAGUUACCAGCAAAAGGGAAAUGGUUACUGUGCAAGUGCUGAGGGAAGCUGAUGUUGUGAAUGAAAUAGAGACUCAGGAAGUGGAUUGGACAGUCACUGGAUUGGAACCGGGGGUUUUCUACACAGUGGAAGUCCACUGGAGAUCCUGUGAAGGCAGCCUCAGCAAAGAGCUAAAAGUGAAAACAGCCGCAUUACUACUGGAUGGACGGGUGAGAAUCAAGAAUUAUAAUUUCACCAAAAGUCUUGGCAACACCAGUAGCAGUGAAUUCAAGCUGUUUGAAAAGCUUUGGCACCGCGAGCUCGAAAACUCUCUCCCAACAGCAAUUCAUCAAUUAUACCAAAAUGGGAAAGUGCUGGUCCGGAUAAAAUCUCUCAGCAAUGGCAGUAUUGUGGUAAACUUUGAAAUCGUCAUUGAUCAGGGAGUUACGCUGAAUGUGUGGAAUAUAUCCUCUGCUCUGAUUUCCUCUCUUUACAAUAGCUCCAUCUUUGCAUAUGAUCGUAAUAGAACCUCCAUUUCAGAUGCCAACGAAUGUACCUCCCCAAUUUACAAUGACUGUUCACCUCAUGCAAUGUGCAAAAACACUGAAGGGUCAUACAUCUGCAUCUGCAGUGAGCAUUACACAGAUGUGAGCCCAACUUGGCCUGGCAGAUCCUGUGAAGAAGCCACUACAACUGUGCUAGCUCCUACAAGUACCCAGGGACAAUCAUCGACUGUUUUUCCCUCUGCAAUGAUCACCUAUGUGAGUGGGCCUGGAUUUUCAGCUGGCUUUCCAUUUGCAAACGCUCCUCACUGUGCUCCUUCUCCAGUUAUCAACUUGACUGUCUUCAAGGUCACUGGCACCAGUUUGCAAGUAACUUGGACCACAGAGCUCAACCAGGAACAAACGUUUAUUGUGCAACUGUUGAAGAAUGCUAGCGUCGUGAACGAAACGGAAACUGUUAAACUGGAGUGGACUGUGUCAGAUUUGGAGCCUGAGACAGAGUACAUUGUGAGUGUUACCUCCCGAGCCUGUGAAGAUGAAACUCCCGCUGCAGAGCUGAGUGUAAAAACAGACACCAUCUUUACUGGACCAGCUUCUACACUCAAUUCAAUUCAAUCUAGCACCAGAUUUACCUCAACAGUGGCCAUCUACCUGAACAGUUCCACUUUUUCAAAUGGCUUUCCUUAUGCAGAAGUACUUCCGUGUGCAGCUCUUUCCCCAGUUAUAAACCUGACUGCUUCCAACGUGACCACUACCAGCUUCCACCUGACGUGGACAACAGACACUUACGAAGAGCAGCUGUUUAUUGCACAGGUCUUAAAGAACAACGCCAUUGUGAAUGAGACAGAGACCAUGGAGCUCGGGUGGAUUGUGUCAGGUUUGGAGCCUGAUACUGAGUACACUGUGAGUGUAUUCUCCCAAGCCUGUGAAGACGAGAGCCCCCCUGCAGAGCUGAGUGUGAAAACAGAAACCAUCAUGGAUGUUCUCAGCUAUACACCUAGCCCAAGACAAUCUAAUACUGGGGUUGUCUCCACAAUGACCAUCUAUCCAAACACAUCUGGAUUUCCAAUGGACUUUGUGUAUACCGAAAUGCCUCCAUGCUCACCUCCUUCACCCAUUAUAAACCUGACAGUUUUCAACGUUACCACCAAGAGCUUUCACAUUACCUGGACAACAGAUGACUAUGAGGAGCAAAUAUUUAUUGUCCAGCUGUUACAGGAUGAUAGAGUUGUGAAAGAAAUGGAAACAUUUGAGGUGGCUUUGACUGUGACUGGGCUGGAGCCUGGGAUGGAAUACACUGUGAGAGUUGCUUCACGGUCCUGUGAUCAAGAAAGCAUUGCCACAGAGCUGAAUGUUAAAACAGAAACCACAAAUGUUAGGGCAAAACGAUCUACCUUGGGCUUUAUCUCUUCAAUGACCAUCUACAUAAAAAGACCUGGAUUCUCAGAAAAUUUUGAAUACUCUGAUGCACCACCGUGCUCUCCAUCUUUAGUUACCAACUUGGCUGUUUGGAGUGUCACCAGCAGUGGUUUUCGCGUAACUUGGACAACAGACACUAGCGAAGAACAGACCUUUGUCGUGCAGGUGCUAAAGGACGAUGAAGUGGUGAGUGAAACAGAGACACAGGAAAUGGAAUGGACAGCAAGAGGACUGGAGCCUGGGAUUGAGUAUGUUGUGAGCGUCAUGUCAAGAUAUUGCGAGCACGAGAGCAUUUCGACAGAGUUGACUGUGAAAACAGCUCUUAGUCAAGCCAAGGCUGAUUCAGAAAUGGCUGUAUCUAAUGUUGGUACUCCAAAAGACCACAUGUCCUCGGAUACGUUUCUGCCAAAUGCUGGUCAGACCUUCACAUCACCUUCUACACAAAUGUCUGCUCCAGCUUGUGAUCCUCCGUCGAUCACAAGCCUCAUUGCCUUCAAUGUCACAAGCAAAGGUCUAAGUGUGAUUUGGGAAACUGAUGCUCCAACCAACCAGGAGUUUAUCGUGCAGCUUUGGAAGGACAACCAUAUUCUGGUUGACGCAAAGACCAAGGAACAGAACUGGACUGUGUCAAACCUGGAGGCUGGAGUGUUAUACACUGUCAGGGUAGUUUCUGAGCUCUGUGGGAAAGAAGGCAAAGCUAAAGUACAAGAAGUAAAAACAGGUGCACACAUCAUGGGAGGGAGAACAAGUAUAACAAACUUAAUGUUCAGCGAAGGGCUGAGGAACUGCAGUAGUAACAAAUUCAAGAAGUUUACAGCACAGUUUAUUGCACAGAUGUUGAAGCAUUUGCCUGAAUCCACUGCAGAUCUUAUAAAUUCUGGGAAAGUCAAGGUUGUGAUUAAAUCCCUUUGGGAAGGAAGUGUGAACAUUGACUUCCAAUUGAUCUUUGACGAAGAAAUAACUAAUGUUUCUGAAAUCAUUGUGGACCUUGUGGCAUCUUUAAGGGACAACUCUGUUUUCAGUUUUGACCCUGACAGCACAGAUAUAUCAGAUUACAAUGAAUGCGCUUCACUUGAUGACAACGACUGCUCUCUCAAGGCAAAGUGUAUCAACACAGAGGGAUCUUACACAUGUAGCUGCCCUGACAGUUUUGUGGAUGUAAACCCAGCUCGACCUGGCAGAAAUUGCAGAGAACCAGUGGUGGCGAACCCAACAACUGUAGAAGCUGCUUCCCAAUCGAUCAUGAUAAGCUGCAAACUUCAUGAGAUCUCAGUCAUAAUGGAACGAUCAUUCCUGGAAGAGAAGAAGAUACCAGCAUCUUCUCUGUACCUGGGGGACUCCCAUUGCAAUGGGAGCGUCGGCAACUUGACCCAUAUUACCCUCAAGGUCGGGUGGACUGAGUGUGGAACCCAAAUAUCAAAUAAUGCAACACACACAGUAGUGAAAACGACACUUCGUAACAUCCCUUCCUCCAGCACAAUUUCUGAUGGCGCCAACCUUGAGGUUCAUGUAAAUUGCACAUUUGACAACAGUCUCUUGCUCACUGCAGGCUACAGUCCCAAUGGAACCAGCCGAGAAAGAGUUGGAGAUUAUGUGGCCAGUAUUGAGGCGAUUGGUGGAAACCGUACAUUACCAGAAAACCCUCGCUUAACGCCUGAAGAUGAGGUGUCCAUUCAAGUCUCAAUUGAUACAUCAGACAGCAGAGCCAAGCUGAUCAUUGCAGAGUGCUGGACAACACCCGGCAACAAUUCAACCAGCUCUACUUCAUACCCUGUGAUCAAAACUGGAUGCCCCGUUCGAGAAUCACAGACAAGCAUAUCUGAAAAUGGAAACUCCACAAGUGCAAAUUUUACUUUGAAAGUGUUUUCUUUCAUUAACCUGCCUUUUGUCUAUAUACACUGCCAGGCUUGGGUCUGCUUGGAAGUCAAAACAGCAUCAUGCCAACCGUCAUGCAGUGGCUCCCGUCUAGUCGAAAGUGCUGAAAUUGUUGCAAAAAGAACUGUAUCACUUGGACCUCUGUAUCGCAAGAAUAAUAAUGAUGGUGGACCACUAGUUGUAUUGGAUGAAAAUAGUUCAGCAGUGAAGGCUGUGGUAGCACUCGGAAUUCUCCUAUGCCUGAUGCUUGUGAUAAUAUCUGUAGUCAUAGUGACCAUGUACACCAGGUGGGGUCGGACCUUCCUCUAUCAGUCCAAUGGUCAGAACUACCAGGCAUUCGAUAACUACUGAUGAAACAGUCUUCAGGAGAUUGUGCUCUCUGUGUUUUGCGGACAAGUCUGCAGUGAUUAUGUUGCUCAUUUAUCAGGAAACCCAAGUACCUUUUACUAUUUUACAAUAUGAUUUCUGAAUAAUUUCAUCUGUCUCUUUUAAUGUGGUUCUAGGGAUGCUGCUACAACCCUCUGAGAUCUCUUUGCUCAUCUGGCCUUUUGUGCAAUUCUGAUUUUCCUCAACAUAUCAUUGGGAGCCUUGCAAUCAGCUGUCUAAUUCCUAAGCUUUCUGAUUCUGUCCUUAAACUUCUCCACUUCUCUACCUCUGUUUCUCUCUCCUCUUUGAACACCCUGCUUUUAAAAUCUACCUUUUUGUCCCAGCAGUCCUACAUAGCUUCAUGUCAAAUCUUGCUUGAUAGCGGUCAUGUUAAGCACCUUGGUAUGUUUACUGCAUUAAGCGUGUAAUUCUUGUUGAGCUUACCAUUUCAUGCUUAUUAAAAGGAAUAAGCUAGCUUGUCAACUGAAUUCCUGGAUGCCUGAAUAAUCCCAAGUGCCAAUAAAGCAAAUGAAUUGAAAAUGGAAUUAAAACAAAGCAUAUUUACACAGUUUGCAGAAAUCACACUCCAAAAGGUGCUCAGUAUAUAAUAAGAACUUGCGUUCUCACUCAGUGAAGGCAUUAUUUAAUCCCAUGACUUUCUUGAAGUCACAAAUAAUGUAAUUGCACUGUCACCUCAGUCAAAAUAGCAAUUGAAAGACAUUUCAAAUUGUGAGAGGCAGUGAGAAGACCUGAGAAUGACUGUUGAUAUUUAUUCCAUGUGGUUCAUGUUUUAUAAUAGAUGGAUUUUGGGGACCCCCUUUCCAACCUCAAAUGCACACAUCUCUUAUCUCAGACAUUCCAGUUCGAUUACCCUCUAGAUAUGUUGGAUAAAUCACAUGAACACAGUCACAUAGGAAAUAGGAACCCAGUCAGUCCCUCAAGCCUAUUCCAUCUUAACUGUUCCUGGGACUCGAUUCAACUUUCCUACCUGCUCUCUUGAUUCCCUGAGAGACUAAAAAUCUGUCUAUCUCAGCCUGAAGUAGAUUUAAGGAUGGAACAACCACAAGUCUGUAGGGUAGAGAACUUCAAAAUUUCACCACUCUUUCAGUAAAGAAAUUUCUCCUGGCCUUAAUCCAAAAUAAUUGACCACUUAUCCUGAGACUGUUUCCGACUUUCUAGAUUUCUCAGCAGGGGGAUACAACCUCUGUGUUUACCCUAUCAAGCCUUUCCAGAAUAUUAUAUAUUUCUCAUUCUUCUAAACUCGGGAGAAUAUAAGCCCAAUUAACUCAGCCUCUCAUCACAGAGCAAUUCUCUCAUUCCCAGGACUCAUCCAGGAAACCUCUACUGUUCCACUUUGUAUGUAAGUAUAUCAUUCUUUAAAUAAAGAGACCAAAAUUGCCGCAGUAUUUCAGAUGUAGUUUCACCAUGGCCUGUACAAUUGUAGUGAGUCUUAGAGGCAUAGAGGUUUAUAGCACAGAAAAAAAAAGUCCUUGUUCCUUCUUCCUUAUUCUUGUACUCUAAUUCUUUCCCCAUAAAGACCAAUCGCCCAUUUGGGAUCCUAAUUGUUUGUUGUAUCUGCACACUAACUUAUACUACUGCACCCAAAUCCCUCUGAACAGCAACAUUUACACUUUUCACACCUUUUAGGGAAAUUCUGUUUUUCUACUCUGACUAGCAAAGUGAAUAGCCUCGCUCUUCUCUUCUCUGGACUCCACUUUGUUACUCACUGACAUGUCCAGCUUGGAUCUCUUUUCAGCCUCUAACUGUUGCCUUCAAACUUGCAAUUCUGCCCAUCAUUGUAUCAUCAGCAAACAGAGACACAUGACUCUGUGACCUCGCCUGAGCCAUUAACAUAGAUUGUAAGUAGCUGAGGCUCCGACACUGAUCAUUAUGUUACCUUACUAGUCACAGCCUGUCAACUUCAAAAUGUCCUUAAUCUUUGCUCUCUGUCUGUUGACCAAUCCUCUACCCAUCUUAACAUGUAAUUCUCCCGAUAUUGUUAGCUCCAGUAUGUUAAUGUUGUGUGUGAUAUCUAAUAGAAUGUUUUCUAGAUUUACUAUACCUACUGGUGCCCCUUUAUUUAUCCUGUCAGUUACAUCCUAAAAGGACUUUAAUAAACUAAUGAAACAUGAUUUCAUUUAUGUACAA